AUGAGUGUUGAAAACAGUACAGAGGCAGAUUCUGAAGGAGCAGAUUUCGAAUCGUUGCUGUUUUCUCAAGCGACUGAAAUAACAUGGAAGUUCAUCCCGCCUGUCAUCAUCGUGCUCGGCACCUUCGGCAACGUGAUGACCAUCGUGAUGAUGAGGCGAAUGAGCGAGGGCCAGUCGUCACACACUAUGUCCUUGUACUUCACAGCGCUGGCCGUGUCCGACCUGACGAUUCUGUAUGUUGGGCUGCUCCAUAAAUGGCUUCUGAACGGUUUUGACAUCAACGUUUUACUCUUUCACGACGCACUCUGCAAGCUGCAGUUCUUUCUCAUUAACACGUUUGGAACAAUUUCAGCAUGGCUUCUAGUUUCCAUGACGACGCAGAGAGUUUUUUCAGUUGCAUGGCCUUACUGGAAGAAUGUGUCCUGUCCCGUUAAUAGGUUUGUUCUCAAUCUGAUCAUAAUUAUAAUUGUACCUAUAGGUGUUAACAGCUACAGGCUGUAUGCAUAUAGUGUGCUAACCAGGCCUAACUCUUUAGAAAUUAUCUGUGGAGUUAUGGUGAACAAGGCUUUAGUAUACUUCGACUGGUACGUGUAUCCCUACAUCGACUUGACAAUAGCCUCACUGUUGCCAUUUGGUAUCCUGAUGAUUGGUAACAGUGUGUUAGUGUGGAAGGUGAUUCAGUCUGUACACGUGGCCCGUGUGAUGACCGCCGGAGGUUGUGACCAGGUCAACAGUCGCCAGAAAAAGGCCUCGUCACUCACCCUCACUCUCAUCACCGUGUCGCUGGCCUUUCUUCUACUGACAGCCCCAGUCUGUGUUUGUAUCGCACUGAAUCCCUUCAUCGAGACAACGGGAAGCCAGGCAUCGCCAAAGACGAAGUUUGCUUGGGUGGUAUGUGACCUGUCCUGGUACAUCAACAGCGCCAUCAACUUUUACUUAUAUUGCUUAAGCGGCACAAAGUUUAAAAAUGAGUUGAGACGUUUAGUUUGCACACAAUGUCAUUUAGAUAAAAUAAUGAUAAGUCAUGUCGUUACUCACUCGAUGCCGCCCGGUUAGACACAAAAAGGUAAAAAAAAAAAAAAAAAAAAGGACGAGUCAAUAAACGUAUGCGACCUACAUGCAUUUAUUUUGAAUCGGUGUAUGGGAGCAUACUAAGCCUGCCAUACUCCUGUGGAGCAUAUUGCGGUACCCAAAUUUUAUGCAAGCGCACACAACUCCUCUCGGUUAUAAAAUUUAUGGAUUCGUGACUCCGACAGGUUGCCAUGGUUUCAUGUCUUAACCGAUUACACUUGCUGAAGUAAAAGUUCUUUCAAUGGACGUCAAAGAAAGGCAGGAUCUCAUUUUCAUUUCUCCUAAAUGUUACACUCGCUUUUGUGGCAGAAGAAUGACUUUGACUGUUAAAAUGUGAUUAUUUAAUCUGUUUUGUCCCCGUUUCUCCAGCACAUUGGCAACGUUCAGAUUGAGGCUUUAUUAGGUAAUACAGAAAUAUUCAGCU